AUUGACCUCACUAAUAACAUCCAAUUGGCGACGCAUUAUAGAUUGCUAUAUAUGACAACCUGUGAACUGAGAAGCUGACUGUGAUAGAAAUUCAUCACAGACAGACAUCAAACAGGAACUACAAUUUGUAUCGAGAAGUUUUCAUGGUCUUAGUUACUCCUUGAGGUUCUUAAACUUCCCUGAAUAAGGUUUUGCUUCUUCAGGCCUUUCAUGGUGUUUGAGACCAGCAGCAACAAAUUAUAGAGUGCAAAACAUGGGAAAGAAACUGGAUGCUCUUUUCCGGAGGAAACUCAAGACCUCUAAAUUCAGUUCUCUUGCAAAACUAGCAAUAUCUAGGAUCGUCAUCCUCAAGAACCAGAGACAAGCCAGGCUUUCCCUUGCAAAGUCUGAUGUUAUUCAGCUCCUUAACCUUGGACACCAAGAAAGAGCUCUACUUCGCGUUGAGCAUGUCAUCAAGGAUCAGAAUAUGCUGGGUGCUUUUGAUAUGAUGGAGGAUUACUUACAUUUCCUGAUCGAAAGAGUUGUUCAACUUGAAACAAACAAAGAGUGUCCUGAGUUCAAGGAGGCAAUAUCGAGCUUGAUCUUUGCAUCUUCCAGAUGUGGUGAGUUUCCAGAGUUGCAAGAGAUUCGUGGAGUUUUCACAACGAGAUUUGGAAACGAAUUCGCUGCUCGUGCUGUCGAGUUGCGCCGAAACUGCGGAGUGCAUCCUAAUAUUAUACAAAAUCUUUCUGCAAGACAACCAAGCUUGGAAAGCAGAAAGAAACUGCUAAAGGACAUUGCAACUGAGAAUGGUAUCAUCCUGCAUUUGGAGGAAGAAGCUCCUGUGGUUGCACAAGAAAAUCUGGAUGUCGACCAGCCAAAGCAGCAGCAGCAUGAAUAUAAAUCAGUCAAGUUAGAUGCUACCGAGUACCAAGCCAGAACCCACGUUUUGCCUGAGGAGGAGUUGUCCGGAUCAUUGAAAGGAAGGAAAUACAAAGAUGUAGCUUCUGCAGCUCUAGAGGCUUUUGAAUCAGCAGCUUACGCAGCACAUGCUGCAAGAGCUGCUGUUGAACUCUCAAGAUAUGAAUCUCAGGACAAUGAACAAUAUGGUCAUGGUGAUUCUAGUCAUGGAUAAGGGAUUGUGUAUGAUUCUGAUGGGUCUUUGACACCUGAACUUCGAAGGAUAUAUGAAGCUUCAAAGGAGAGUAUGCAAUCAAAAGAUAGGUUGGUAAUUGACAAAAUCCAUAACAUUGACAAUAUCAAUCCUGAAUCGGUAGGUGAAAACAUGAAAUAAAAUGGAAUAGUGCAUCUCAAGGUGUUUGAAGAUAGCAAAACAAAACCUGUAUUUGAUAGGACACCAUUUAAUUCAUCAAGUCCGAAUCCUAACGAUAAUGUGAUAAUUCAAUUUUUGAUUUUUGAUUU